AACAGUCGCCCAAAAAAAGUAACACACACACUCAUUUAUUUUCCUGGGAAAAUCAAUCACAGAAAAGAAAAACAAUGACCACUACUUGUUCAUCCUCACUAGUAAUUUCUUCCUCAUUUUCCCGCUUACCAAACAGAAAAUCACCGCAACUCAAACACUUCUCCCUCCUCAACAACAACAGCAAAAUCAACACUAACAACUUCACUUCACGCGCUCUCUGUUUCCUCCAUAAUCUCCUAAUCCACUCCAAUAACAAGUUUCCAUUCAGCAAAGUUCCUUCUCCGUCGUCUUCUUCCAUUGAAUCGCUGCUUCUGGUGUGCACCUCACUCAGCUUAUCCUUGUCUAUAUUCGUAACUCAGGUCGACUCGGCCGAAGCAUUUGUGGUAACGUCUCCGCGUAAACUGCAAUCCGAUGAACUGGCUACCGUUCGUCUUUUUCAAGAGAAUACUCCCUCUGUUGUUUACAUCACUAAUCUUGCGGUCAAACAGGAUGCGUUUACUUUGGAUGUGUUAGAGGUGCCGCAAGGAUCGGGUUCUGGAUUUGUAUGGGAUAGAGAUGGUCACAUUGUCACUAAUUAUCAUGUUAUCCGCGGUGCUUCUGAUCUCAAGGUCACUCUUGCAGACCAAUCAACUUAUGAUGCAACAGUUGUUGGAUUUGACCAAGAUAAAGACGUUGCUGUAUUGCGAGUUGAUGCUCCCAAAGACAAACUAAGACCAAUCCCUGUUGGUGUUUCUGCUGACUUGCUUGUUGGCCAAAAAGUAUAUGCUAUUGGAAACCCCUUUGGACUUGAUCACACUCUGACAACUGGUGUCAUCAGUGGGCUUCGCAGAGAAAUCAGUUCUGCUGCUACUGGCCGUCCUAUCCAGGAUGUUAUACAGACAGAUGCUGCCAUUAAUCCUGGGAAUAGUGGAGGGCCACUUCUUGAUAGUUCAGGAAGCUUAAUUGGAAUAAACACGGCCAUAUACUCUCCAUCCGGUGCAUCCUCUGGUGUUGGAUUUUCAAUUCCAGUUGACACAGUAAAUGGCAUUGUGGAGCAGUUGGUGAAGUUUGGAAAAGUCACAAGACCUAUUUUAGGUAUUAAAUUUGCACCCGAUCAAUCUGUUGAGCAACUGGGAGUAAGUGGGGUGCUUGUCUUAGAUGCGCCUGCGAAUGGUCCAGCUGGAAAAGCAGGUCUGUUAUCCACAAAACGUGAUGCUUAUGGAAGACUUAUUUUGGGUGAUAUUAUUACAUCUGUGAAUGGGAAAAAAGUUACAAAUGGCAGUGACUUGUACAGAAUUCUUGACCAGUGUAAUGUAGGCGAUCAGGUGACCGUAGAGGUGCUGCGUGGUGAUCACAAGGAGAAGAUUCCCGUAACACUUGAACCGAAGGCCGACGAAACAUAGUGUGUGAAAGGUACGGCCAGUAUAUUUUGUUGGGUAUUAUAUGCAACGGAGUGCUAUUAUUUUGUAUAUUUCGUUGGGUAAUAUGCGACGGAAUGCCAUCAUUUUGUAAAUUGAAUUGUUUCAAGACAGAGGGUGUUGUUGUACAUAUAUGAAACACCUUACUGGCUUCCACAUCAAUUACUACACUGAUCAAGCAAAACUGUCUGGAUCCAUUCUCAUCCCUUUAGAAAUGUGAAAAGCUAUGGCCUUCAAUCUUCUGAAAAUCUUUUGAUCCUUGAUAACGGUGUAUUGACUUAAAGUAUGUUCAUCGCUGGCAGUGACUUAUGUUUUUA